GUGACAGGAUGGAGGGAGAGACACCAACUAACAUCCCCCCUCCAAUUGCUACUACACCUCCAGCUUCUAGAUUAGGAGCCUUGGAGGACCUUCAUAGUCAGACCAGCAGCCCUGGGACCCAUAUCUCCAGCACCAGUGGCAUUUCUUUGGGCGAGACCAUACGGCACACAGCCAUCCAGGGCAUGGAGUCUUGGUACCAUCUCCCAGCAGAGGAGGAUGUCAGUGGCUUUUUACCGCCAUCUUGUGAAUCAGUAUCACCGGCUGAGCAGACAGAGUUCCCAACGAUGGAAGGAGGAACCUUGCAUUCAGAAAAAGGAACGGCUAACUCAAUACAGCUUGAAAUGCAGGACAGUGUUUUGUCUCCAUGCCUCCCUCUGCUAACAUCCGCCUCCACUCAGGGACCAAGGUUUUUUGAUGAGACAUUGUACCAGCAAACAGAGAUGGAAUUUGCUCCUUUGAGCGGAACCCUAGACAUGUCUGAAUUUCCUGGACAGCCUUCCCUGCAGAUGAGUGAUGCAGUGGCACUUGCGAGCAAAGAGGUGUCUCUGGAUUUAAUUGGUGGAAGCCUCGCUCAGCCCAUUUCUGCACUGGAUGAUGAUGCCAGUGGCAUGCACGAUUUGACACAGCACCCACUUUUUGAGAGCCACACGCAAAGUGCACGAUCUGCAGAACCAGGUUCCCAAGAUGUUGCUGAUGCAGAUCACCCUGAUUUAAGAAACAUGAAAGUGGGGUCUCCUGGUGACCUGGACAAAGUUUUUAGUUGUGGAGAUGGUUCUUUCUUGGACAGCAGUGUUCCUGCACCUGUCCUCAUUGAGCUCUUAGAAAAAGAAAUUGUCCUUUCUGGCAGUAGUCAAAUGUCUUCUAGAAGUUCUUCUUCCCAGACAUUAUCCAGCAAAGAGACAGAAAACAUUAAUAUGCCACAGCUGCAAACACAGAAUAUCUCAGAGCCUUACAAGCUAAGUGAAACUGCUAAAAUGACGAAUAUUUCAACUGUGCCGGAAGGAGAGUCUUUUAAAGAUUCCAGUGAAGUAGAUUUCUUCAAUGCAGAAUCCUUUGAUGACUAUGAGAGGGGAAGUGGAGAGUUUAAUAGAUCAGGCCCAUUAAAUAACUCUGGUAUUACUGUACGCUCCACAAGGCAGUCAUCAGAGAUUUUUAAAGCCGACCUUCAAAAUCAGUUGUGUUCUGAAAUCAAACAGCGAUAUCGUGAAAAAGAGAUAUUAAAAAUUAGUGAAAGUCUAAGCAUGAACGAGCAGAACAACAUCCUUCAAACACAAUUCAUUCACCCUGAGUCUUUGACAGAGCCACCCCAAGAUGAGACAACGGUCUUAGAAGGCCCCUCAAGCAUUUCUAGGGAUGAGCUGACAAUUUCUUCUCAUUGUAGCAUAGAACGUGGCCACAAAGAUACAGAAAUAUCACCUGCUGACAGCUUCCCCACAGGGGAGGCUUCAUUUAUGGAGCGCUUAACUAAUCCUAUUUCCCAGUCUACUCCUGGUACUUUGACAAUCACUAAUACAAGGAAGCAGCUCACUGGUAGGUUAAUGGAAAUAAAAGCCAAACUUACAGAGUCACACAUGUCUUUAAAUGAGGAACCUUCCAACAGUUCCACUACAGGUUACAUUGAUCCUUGUGGAGCACCACAGUCCGUGCAAAGCAGCCAGGGUUACCCUGCAAGCAGUGAUUCUCAAAGGUCGUCUUCUCCUCCAAAGCGAAGAAUACAGUCUCUGCCAACCUUAAAUUAUAUAGAGAAAGUUGGAGCUUGGAACAUAAACCAGUCUUUUGAUGCCUUGGUCUUGCGUGGUUUAACAGGGAUAUCCCCUAAAAAAAAGGCCUACAAUGCAGUGGCUGAUUCUUUAAAUCGUAUUCUGUCCAAACAGACAAGCAACAGCUCACCUAAGAGAGGGCUUUCAGCCUCCUUUGCCGGACCAUCUUCUAUGACCAACUUGAAUAUCAUUGAAAAAGAACAUUCUAGCAGUUCACACCUAGCCAGGUCUCAGUCUUACAAUUCCGUGAUCACUGUGGGUAUAGAGAGCACCACAAUUAAACAGACAGAUGCAGCUAUUCAACCUGCAAAAGAAAGGGAUGAAAUAGACAGAUCCAGUGCUACUCAAAAUAGUGAAAACUUGACCAAGGCUGGAGAAAUACAGAGUAUGGACUCUUUAGCAAGUAGCACAGAGGUGGAUAAUGAUACGGUGAAGCACGAACUGCAAAAUCUGCAGGAGAAUACGCUUUCUGAAGGCCACAAACACACAGUGACUAGUACGAGUGGGGCACGGCUGAGCACUAGACUGGAUGUUGAUGAGGAGGCACAUAACAUUCAUCCUGGCUCUAGUAACCUGACAAUCGGUCAAUUCAGUGAUGUGUCUCUUGACAAUGACUUCACUAUUAGUAGUGCUUCUCAUUCUAGUGAACCCAUCAACCAACUUUCAAUGGAUUCUGCAACGGCUGCUUCAAUGCACUCUCUAACCAGUUUAGAAGUGGAUAACUUUGUACCUUAUUGGUCACCUACACAAUCAAUAGAUAAGAAAGAGAUCAACAUUGAAGAAAGAAUACCUACUUAUCUUCGCAACCUUGGCAUUGAUCAGUCUCCAACUACAAUUUUAACACCUUUUGCUCCAAAAGGACCAAUAAGAGAACCAGAGUUUUCACCAUCUGAAUUUAGAACAAUUAAAGGAUCUACAGCUACCCCUAGUAAAAGCAUGCGGCUGUCAGAAGGAGGCUCCCAGAGUGCUGUAAACAUCUCUCAAUCAAGCAUUUAUUCAACAGCAUCGACCACAAGUGUCUCUAUACCCAUGGGAUCUGAUGCUGAACAAGAAUCCCUAUUUCCCACAGAAUUAUCGCCUUCAUUCAGCUUGAAAUCUGCUGGUGACAGACCAAUUAGUCAGUAUGAUGUGAGUUCACACCCAGCUACAUCCAGCUCACAGCUUCCUCCCAUAGAAAAAAGUAAUGAAAAUGCUUCAGAGAUUGUGUCCCACGAGCAGGAAAUCAAUGUAGUUCACACAACGCAGUCUGUACUGCCAGAAGUACCACCUGAGCCAGGUGAAGGUUGUGGAUCAGAGCUAAAAUAUGUUAAAACAUUGAUUGAGCAGUUUGAAUCUGGAGACUUCUUCUUGAAUAAGGGGAAUAAUUCUUUAGAUGAAAACCAGUUUGGUGUCACAUCAGUACCUGAGUUCUCAGAACCAAGGCAAGCUAUGGAUUCCACAAAUGAUUCCUUCGUUGGGUCCAAAACCCUUAAAGAAAUCCGUAAACUAUUAUCAGAAGCAGAUAUUGUUGGCCUUGGUCAGUCUGGUGCCACUUUCCCCCCCUUAAAAGAUGUUUAUGGUCUGUCACCUACAGUGAGGCUAAAUUUUGAUGAUUCGCUUAAAUCAGACGGUCUACAUAACAUAUCAACAAGUUCACUCGAUCGUCUGGUGAAGGAGAUGUCAUGGGAUGGUUCAUUAAACAGUAGUAUGGAAAGUGACAGCUCGGUAUUGAAAGGGAGAGCAGAUUUAAACUGGGAUACUUCUUCAAUCCGUAAAGAACCUGGAAAACAUGUCUCUCAUUUAGAGGAAUUUGUGGAGAACCACAAGCAGCCGGGAGUUCCAGUUACCAUACAGAGGGACCUCGGCAGGUCUGAACCGGAAGGAUUUAAUGAAGCAAUAGAGGCUGUGACAAUAUAUGAUGACCAACAGACGAACGAAACAAGCCACGACAAGGGCAGCCCUAGAGCAUCGUCUCAGGAAGCUGGUUACAAUGAAGAGUUAUUGAAUAAUGUUGCCAAUGCAGUCGGAGGUUUGGAGCAAACCUUGACCAAGACUGGUUUUGAAUACUUAACAGGAAGACAAGAAGUUCCAGAAAGUGAUGACAGCAGUGCCGAUUCUCUUGCUGCACGAGUUACGAGUCUCUUAAAAAGUAAUGCUCCAUUGACCCAAGUUGUUCAGGGUGGAGAAGAGGACAGGAGAGCACGAAGUUCCUUGAAGCUGAAGUUGACUAGUCAACCUGUGCUCGCAGACACUGACCUUAAUGAAGAAGAUCGAAGGCGAAUUGAAGAGAUCAAGCGAGAAUUACUUGAAGGGACAAAAUCACCUGCCGUACAUCUUGAAAAGAAUCCAUGUCGCACUGGCUAUCGGGAUGAUCAUCGUGGAGAAUGGAGGGAUGUCAACUCAUUCAGAUUACAGAUUACACCUUCACCAAACCUUAGUCAGUCACGUGACCUGAGAACCACUGCACAAUUUUUGCCAGCAGCCAUUGGUGGAGAGUAUGACAGUAAGGGGAAUAUCAAAAGGUUUAAACCUGCAUUCUCAGAACAAUCUUAUUUGACACAAGAUUUAGCGCAGCUAAAGGAAAUGGACGAUUUUAAUAGUGUACACUCUGGCAUAAAAAAUGUCUUUGACACAAAUAUUACAUUUCUUCCACCCAAAACAAUUGAAGACUCCAAUAAGCCAAUAACUUCCAUUACAUUUGCAUCCCGCAAGCGGUUUUCACCUCUUUUGUCAUCCAUUGGUUCUGAAAGCGAGUAUCAAGAGCAGUUUCCAAAAGUGGCACAGUCUGCAAGGUCCAGUGAAACUCCUCUGACCGACACACAUAUGAGAACAGAAACUACUGAUUUCAAAUCCAUGUCAAAGGACAAGCCUAACCUUCAUUUCCCCCCAAAUACUCCAGAAGCACAUUUAGCUCAGCAAAUUGACAUUUUAGAUACGACUCCUGCCUUUAAUUCUGAGGAACACCAAGAAACAAGUAAUGCCCCAAGCAGGCAUUUCCUUUCUCCGUCUGCUGCCUUGGACCAGGGGGAAGAUCCUGGGGAUAAUGUAAAUGUUAGACAGUCUGGCAGACCCACACCUGUGAAAUAUCAGUUGGAACUAGAACCAUCACGUCAUACUAUUUCAGAAGAGGUGUAUUCUAGGGCUAGUGUCGCAGAUCAGAAUUUCAUAAAUAUUGAGAGCUGUCCUAGUUCACAUCCCACAUGUAAAUAUGGUGAAGUGAGUAUGGAUAGAACACACCAGUCUUCUCCAAACAAUUGUGCAAAAAUUGAACCUCCCACUACCUCUCCAGGGAGGAAAGCACUUUCUUGUAUCCAUGUCAAAAUAUCCCCCAAACAAGACAAACCUGAGCGAAUUGAAUCUGUACCUGUAGUGCCAGUUACUGUAAGUGUGUUUGCUAACAAUGGGCACUGCGCAGGGAAAAGUGAAAUGUCAGAGAAUAAAGUGUCGCCAGGCUUUCAAGACCUCGCUGGUCAUAAAGGAGCAGAGUCUUCUGCCACAUCAUACUUUUUAAAUUCUCCUACAAAUACUGAUGGUGAAGGACAUACUCAAGAAAGUGCGUCACGUGUGACACGGAAAUGCAUUCCAUUGUCAGAUGCUACAACUCAGAUCACCACUGAAAGUCCUGUGAAAACAACUUUUUCUGCAGAAAUUUUCAUUGACAGCAGCCAGAAGGAAGAAAAACCUAGUGUUUCACAUGUAAGGACUCGGGAAUCUCCUGGGCAGUCUUCUUAUUAUCCUCAAAUUUCUCAGCUUUCGCGGGCAACUGAUCAACCUUUGCUCCUGCCAUACAGACCUGCUGGAAGUCCUGAACUGUUCUAUGUCCCGUAUCUGGAAGGAGCCUCCAGAGUUUCACCUACAAGCACUGUAGAGAGUUCCCAUCCAGGCUCCAACGAUGCAGUUUCACCCAAGUUUCCAGCUGAAGUCCUGGGCUCUAUCAGUGAAAAUACAACUGAAGCUUCAAUCCCCAAACACAAGGAGGGCAUAUACAGCAAGAACAAGGGGCCCGACACAGCAUGGAGACAGUCAACUUCUGCAGGAUUUAUAAAUGGCUUGAAAUUACCUACAAAACUCCAUUCUCCGUCAGUGGUAGCGGAAAAGCGCACUUUACAAUCUGAUCCAGAGCAUCACUAUGGUUCCUUCAUUGAACUAUCUGUGGACUCACUCCAUCAAAGAGGCUCUCGACAAUAUUCUAGAAAUAGACCGGAUAAUUUGAGAGAAAAGACUGGCCAAUCUUAUUACCGGGAAGACAAGCAGUUCCUCCCCUUAAAGCCUGAAUUUGAUGAUAGCAUGGAUAAUGUAACACUUAUCCACAAAACUGAUGAUGAGAGGUCUCAAUGGGAACAAACAAAGACAAAUUCGAACUAUGUGAGUCUUCAUACCGCUGGUGUCACUAGAAGAAAUGAGCAGAUCCAGACUGAUCUGAACCACAAACCAACUGAAUUCCAAAAAUCCGAUCUCCAUGAGAGUCAUAGAAAGGAGAAAGGUACGAGAAAUGCCAACACCAGCUUUUCUAGAUCUCUGGCAUGUGAUGUUCACAAAAGAUUGCAGAAAAAUGGGUCAGUCUUAACCCAAAGUACAGCUUCCACCGAGAGCUUGGAUGAUCUUUGGGCACGUUUCACAGAUCGUAGGAAGAGCCAGCUCUCCGAGUCCAGUAACAAAGAAUUAUCGUUGGUGGAUCGUCUGGAUCGACUAGCAAGACUUCUUCAGAGCUCUCCUUCCCAGUCACUGGUGUCUGAAAAAGAUUAUCGUAUGCAGAAGGGAACCAGAAAAGAGAAUGGUGUAACACUGGAAAACAAAACAAGAGAAAGGGUGUACCAAAAGAAGGUUGCAGAAAGACAAGAAAGCUCCAGUGUGGAUGAAACAGAAAUCUUUGCACACCCACUGAGGAGGACAUUGCAUCAAAGACAUUAUGGAGACCGAUUUAGUGAAGGAUCCGUUGGCUCAGAUGUUACUCCUGAGGUCAGAAGCUCAGAAGUAGAAAUUGCUGUACAAACUGACAGUGAAGCUACAACUGAAACAGCGGCAAGUGGUUCCAUAUCGACCAUCGAUACAGUGCGACUCAUCCAUGCUUUUGGUCCAGAACGAGUCCGCCCAUCUUCCAGACUCUCUAAACUAUAUGACACUAUCAACGUUCAGAAACAACGCACUGAAAACAGACCAAGGAAAGCAGGCAGGCAGUCUUUGGCCACGGGAGAGAGGAAUGAAUUUCAGAAAAUCCCCAUUAAGAUGACUGAUUCGGAGUCCUCAUCAAGCAGCUGCUGGGAGACAAGCUCAGCUCUGACACACAAGAGGAGCAGCAAAUUACUGAACAAGGGUAUUCAGGCAGGAGACCUGGAAAUUGUGACCAGUGCUACAAGGAGAAACACCAGGGAUGUUGGCACCACUUUCCCCUCACCUGGUGGGGAGCAGCAGAGGAUCCAAACAAAGAAAGAGCCCUCCUGGAUCAAUGGAGUCCUGCGUCCUAGGGAAAGGAAGAGCAAGGCGUAUGUCUCUAAAGGCCUGAGCUGGUUUGUUCCUGCAGAGGAUCUAAAAUCUGACUCCAGGAAGGAGAAUGAGAGCUGCUCGCAUAGAGGACCAUCUGUAAAUUGGUAUGAACCCAUGACAAAUGCCAGGCCUUGGAGAGAGCCACUGAGAGAGAAACAUCUGCAAGAACAGCCCGUGAGAAGAUCUGGCAGUCUGCUGAAUAGGUCUCACAAUGUCACAGACACAGGGGACAAGUCACCAAGUCUGUUUAUUAAAGUCACCCUGCAGGAAUCCUUGCAGACCCGGAGACCAGAUUUCAUCUUCCGCUCUGGGGAGAGGGUAAAACGCUUGCAGCUGCUGGCCAGAGAACGCAGACUCCAGGCCGAGUUUCAGGAGGAACGAGACAAACUAUUCAACUUGGCAGAGAACAGAGGGGGCAAAAAUUACACUAAAUCUUAUAAUGGUUCACAAAUAACCCAGAGAGACAGAGCCAUUCUGAAGAAAGAGAUGGUGCAGCGGUCCAAACGGAUAUAUGAGCAGCUUCCAGAAGUCAGGAAGAAAAAGGAGGAUGAGAAGAGGCAGUCGGAAUAUGAGACCUAUCGCUUGAAGGCACAGAUCUUUAGAAAGAAAGUCACUAAUCACAUUUUAGGAAGAAAAACACCAUGGAAUUAAAUUAAUGUUAAGAGAUUAUUUUUUUUUACUUUAAGCAACAUAUAACCAUGUUCCUACCUUGUGAUGUGAAGACGAUAGCCAAUAUAUAAAUGUUGUAUGUGAUGUGAGUCUAAUUAUGUGUGGCAUUUUAUGAUUGUCAUAGAUCUAUUUUUUUAAAUUAUUUAUUAUGAGAUACUUGUAUAUUUUGGU